AGCGAACGCACAACACGGUUUUCUCGCGAAGUCGCCACAAGCAACAGAGAAAAAGAAUUCCCUUUGCUGAAGACGUACCCUACGACGCGUGGUUUAGUGAAAUUCGAAAAAAACAAAACGGAUAUCCAAGUAAACAACAUUUACGGCAGCAAUCGAAAUCGGUUUCUGAAACGUGCGGGAGUGUUGUGUGGAUAACACGAAAUCAACAGAGCUCCUUCCGCAUACGGGGAAGUGAAAGUUUCGAAUGCGUUUUGGUUGAAUCGCAUACCGCGGUGGAAAAGAAACAGCAAAAGUGACUCUCGCUGCAUUAGUUUUCCCUUUAGUUUCGGUGGUCUUACUCUAGCGUACGCGCUACAAAACCGAAACCGAACUGGUGCGACACAGCAAUAACAACAGCAAGAAAAAUACACCCGCUCGUACGUAAAAUAAUAACGCGGAGUACGGAAUAUUGAUUUUUUCAUCAGUGUGUGAAAAGCGUGGAAAAGCAUAGCAGAAAAAGGGAAAGAAAAAAGAAAAAAAACGUCCCUAUUUGAGUACGUGACUGCGAGCACACGGCACGAGUUUUCCGUUUGACAUAAACCACGAAUUUGUGCUGUUUGGUGUAGUUGUACGCGCGCGUGUGUUUGACUGGUUUUACGAGAACGAAUUUGCUGCAACAGCACAUUUGUUUGCGGAAAUUUGUUAAAAGCAACGAAUUCAACUCACCUUUGAACGUGUCCAGUUUCUCGCCAAUCUCGCCAAGAUGGCUUUCAUGAUGCCGGUGAUGAAGAACGAGUUCGAUAUCUACAAAGGGCGCCAGCGGCGGAUAUCGGAAUGUUCGAACCAAAGCAACUGCCGGUCGCGCAAGGUGUCGGAAAGUUCCCGGUCGGACUGUCCCAGCCUAUCCACCUCGCCCGGCAACGAAGGUUUCAUGUCGGGCUCGCCGGCACACCGUAGCCACCCGAUGUACAUGUCCCAUCUUGCCUCCCGGUCACAGUUCUCGCGCAACUCGUCCCGCACGUCGCAAAGCUCGCUGAUCGCUUCGAGCCCUUCGAAGGCCAGCUCGGGCAGCAGUCCGCCGAAGGGUGCAACGGGACAGGCAGUACCGGCUGCAGCCGCCGGAAGCCAGAGCAGCUUGAACAAGUUCCACACCCGGCUGGUCGACAAGUUGCGAAAGUCGCUUCGCAAAAGCAAGUCGACCGAUGGCCGGUCAUGAGAGGGGAGCGGGUGUGCUGACGCCGAAGAGGACGACGAUCCCGAUCCGGAUCCGGACGAGGACGACCACGACGACGAUACGCCCGGUGACGGGACGCAUCGGCGUGGCAGUCGGUUUGGUAGGCGGCAGCUGGAACAGGACGAGGUUCGGGAAGCCAGUUCGGACAGUGUCCUGCAUGUGCAUCACCGGAAACCACCGCUACCAAGAACGACGACGCGAGCAUCGGCGACGACAGCAGUGACGGCGGGAAAGGUCCGUUCCAGACGGGGCACCUACAGUGCACCACGGUAACUUGUGCCGGGUGUCGUUUUGUACGCGUGUUCCCAACCGCAGCCUGUCCAGAUAGUCUGAUCCAGAUCCGGUUGAGGGGGUGUGUUGAACCGAUUUCAUCCAUUCGUAGAGAGAGAGAGCGCAACGAGAGACACAUAAAAUGAGUAUGGAUUAUAAAUAACGUAAUAUUAAACUACUUAUAGUAUACUAUAGACAAAAGCAGCAGCAGCAGCAGCAGCAAUAGCAUUAGAAGAAGGAAGAGAGAGGCAUUGCAAACAAAACAAAACAAACGGGUGCGCAGCAUUAAACAAGGCAAACACAAACAUAUACACCACAAUAUAGUUGUUACAUGUGGGCUAGGCUAAUAUAAACAUCUAUCAUCAUCCUGCCCAUUAUAUCAUAUACAUUUGAAGGUGCCUCCUUCGCUUUCUACACAAUGUGUGGAGCUUGGCAUACGAACACGAAUCAAAACUAUUGAUUUUGUUUACGUUUUACGUGUGGAGUGGACUGGGAAAUGAAUGAUUUUCCGCUUUUAGUAGAUUAAGAUUUAAGCCAGAAGAAAUAUUUAUAAACGUAUGAUACGCUUGAAUGCGUCCUUCCUGAUAUCCCGUUUCCUUCCUUUCACUCUAUCUUAUUGUUCCUUUAGCUUUAGUUUCCCGUAGGAUUUUGGGUUGACAGUGUUCUCUAUGGCUGAUGGGCAUUGAUAUCAAUUUGACGGAAUUAAAUAUUGAUUUACAGUAAAGGUUGAAGUUUCGAUUCGAUUCAAUUAAACCAUUAAUACAUGGUGCACUCACUCACAUAAUAGGAAAACCCAUGCCCACAGACCUGUGAUACACGUUUCUUCGGUACACAUCGAAAAGCCUUUAACUGGAACAAAACCGACACUGAGUGCAGCAGAAGGCCAUUAUGUAUCGCACAGCAAGGAAACGGGGCAGAAGUAGUAGAAAAAUGCAUAUAUCGAGGGGGGUAGAAAGUUUGUCACCAACAUAGAAAAUAACAUCAAUACACAAACCCUUUGCACAUUAGGUGGAGGCGUUUCAAACACUGCAAAGCUCCCGAUAUCUGAUCGUAUUAGUUGAGUGGAAUCACAACGACGAGGAUGAAUAGCAAAUCCAAUAAUGCAAUUGCAUCCAUUUAGAAAAUUGUUGCUUUAGCGUCAGUGCUUUUUUGUAACAUUUCUCUGUUUAACGCUUCCGUGUCCAAACAUCCGAGAAAGUUUUAUGUUUCUCCCGUUUAGAAAAAAAAUGCAGUUGUUGUUUUCUAAUGUAAAAGUUUUGCUUUUUAUACACAAAACAUAAAACUGUGAUUCAGAUGGGCGGUGAAACAUUGUGUUAAUAUCGAAUUGUGAAUGCUUUUUAAAGGUAGAUUGGUAAAAGCAAAGCAAGACUUGCAGCUUCAUGCUAUGAGCACAUAUAGCAUAUAUUUUAUAAAAAUCGAAACAAAAACUCAAGGUAGAAAA